AUGUUUUUGUCCAAACUUCCAAUCCCAUGGUUCUUUGUUACGUUACCUCCAGGAUGGCAAGAAACAGGACUUGUUCCUGAUGAAGAGGACAUUAAAAUCACCAAUCCAUCCAAUCAUUCUCAUUCACCUUCUACCUCGGCGAAAAUCUCACGGAAACGAAGGACUGGCACGCGGAAUGGCAAGCGCCCCUCGGUUAAAGCCGCUGACCUCCUCUCUAAGACACCCGCCAACCCCUCCAACCUGUCAUCAACAAGCCCACCUGCAGUUCCUCCACCCGCUACCCUGCCAAGCCUGUCCACGUCUCAAACCAACAAGCCAUCCUUGACUGCAGAUGCACAUUUGCAGCCUCAAACAACAAACACCCUGUCCAAGCCCGCCAAGACGCCCUUAGACCCGGUCCGCAACAACUCAUCACCAGCUGCCAAUCGCUCUCAGCCGUCUGAUCUACCUAAUCCUGAUUCGUCCAAUCUUCCUGCUCUUGCUGACUUGCGCGGCGCGGAUGCCUCAUUCCCGUCAUCCCAAUUUGCCCGCCCUCCUCAAGAUACAACAGCCAACGGUAACCCCUCUGGUGGACCCAAGUCCCCUCUCUUCCAGACCCCGACAGUCGCGCCUCGGAGACAGGUCCAUCAGAAUCCGCCAGCUCACACUUACUCCCCAGCACCAAUCUUCCAGGAUGGUGAAUCCCGUAUUGCAGCUGGGCAAAUGCGAUCCGAAUUUUGA